UGUCCUUUGAGGUAAUUUAUUUGAGCAUAGUAUGCUCUCUCAGAUUGGAAAAGUUACACUUUUGAAGCUGGACUGCACAUAUUUUUCAUGACAUUUACAUUAUUUUUUUGGUACGUACUGACACAUCCAUUCAGAAUUGCAUGCUGAAGUCCUAACUUCCGGAUUGAAUUUGAAUUACCUGUAGUUACGGUUUCACCUCAGUGUGACAAAAGUAACAUGCCUUGAUGACAUUUCUCUGUGACUAGGGCUGAGCUGGAGGUCAAGAGCACACUUACCUGCAGAUCUAUAAAUGAUGUCUCUAAUCUAGCAGGGGUAGGAAUUAAGGUAAUCUGAAUCAGGGUUGUUUGGCAGCUGGGGUGAAAGAGGAGAGAUUACAAGAGGAAUUGUAAUAAUGGCACCAGAGAAGAUGACUGACUUUUUUUACAGGCUCCUAACCAAUUGUGCAAUUGUUUUUUUUGCGUUAUUUGUAACAUAUUUUGUACAUUAUGUUUCCGCCACCGUCUCGUAUGACCGAAAAGAGCUUCUGAAUAUCAGAACAGCGAUUAAUCACCUUGUACUGGACGAAGACACCAGACAAGGCCCACAUCCCUGUCAUUCGCAUGAAGAAGAGAUGGAGAUAUAGGGGUAGGACGGGGUGCCUUGUAAGACUGACGGCAAUUGAGUAACCCGCCUCUACCAUCAGUGCUAUUAGCCAACGUGCAAUCAUUGAAUAAUAAACUGGAUGAGCUCUGAUCAAAACUAUCCUACCAACGGGACAUUAAAAACUGUAAUAUCUUAUGUUUUACCGAGUCGCGGCUGAAUGACGACAUGGAUAACAUACAGCUGGCUAAGUUUUCGGUGCAUCGGCAAGAUAGAACAGCUGCCGCCGGUAAGAUAAGGGGUGGCGGUCUGUGUCUAUUUGUCAAUAACAGCUGGUGCAAGAAAUCUAAUAUUAAGGUUUUACUUGCCUGAGGUAGCUGUAGUUUAUUUACCAAGAGAGUAAAUAGUCUAUCUAUAUUUAUCGUAGCUGUCUCUUUACCACAAUAAACCGAUGCUGGCACUAAGACCACACUCAACGAGUUGUAUAAGGCCAUAAGCAAAGAAGAAAAUGCUCAUCCAGAGGCGCCACUCCUAGUGGCCAGAGACUUUAAUGCAGGGAAACAUAUGUUCACCUCAUUUCUAUCAGCAUGUUACAUGUUCAACCUGAGGGGGAAAUAAAACUCAAGACCACCUUUACUCCACACACAGAGACGCGUACAAAACUCUCCCUCACCCUCCAUUUGGCAAAUCUGACCAUUACUCAAUCCUCCUGAUUCCCGCUUACAAGCUAAAACUAAAGCAGGAAGUACCAGUGACUCGCUCAAUACGGAAGUGGUCAGAUGAAGGAGAUGCUAAGAACAGGACUGUUUCACUAGCACAGACUGGAAUAUGUUUCUGGGAUUCUUUCAAUGGCAUUGAGGAGUACUUGAGGCUUCAUCAAUAAGUGCAUUGAUGAUGUCGUCCCCACAGUGACCGUACCCCAACCAAAAGCCAUGGAUUACAGGAAACAUCCGCACUGAGCUAAAGGCUAGAGCUGCUGCUUUCAAGGAGCAGGAAUCUAACUGGACGCUUAGAAGAAAUCCCGAUAUGCCCUCCGACAAACCAUCAAAAAGGCAAAGCAUCAAUACAGGACAAAGAUUGAAUCCUACUACACAGGCUCAGACGCUCGUUGGAUAUGGCCGGGCUUGUAAACUACAAAAGGUAAGCACAGACAUGAGAUGCCCAGUGACAUGAGCCUACCAGACAAGCUAAAUGACUUCUGUGUGCGCUUCUAGGCAAGCAACACUGAAGUAUGCAUGAGAGCACUAGCUGUUCCAGACGACUGUGUGAUCACGCUCUCCGUAGCCAAUGUGAGGAAGACCUUUAAAACAGGUCAACAUUCACAAGGCCAUUAAUAUGGAGUUGGUCCCCCCUUUGCUGCUACAAUAGCCUCCACUGUUCUGGGAAGGCUUUCCACUAGAUAUUUUUACAAGGACUUGCUUCCAUUCAGCCACAAGAGCAUUCGUGAGGUCAGGGACUGAUGUUGGGUGAUUAGGCCUGGAUGCAGUCGGUGUUCUUGGGGUUAAGGUCAGGGUUCUGUGCAGGCCAGUCAAGUUCUUCCACACCGAUCUCAACAGACCAUUUCUGUAUGGACCUCACUUUUUGCACGGGGGCAUUGUCAUGCUGAAACAGGAAAGGGCCUUUGUUGCCACAAGUUGGAAGCACAGAAUUGUCUACAAUGUCAUUGUAUGCUGUAUCGUUAAGUGUUCCCUUCAUUGGAAGUAAGGGGCCUAGCCUGAACCAUGGAAAAACAGCCCCAUACCCUUAUUCCUUUACAGUUGGCACUAUGUAUUCGGGUAGGUAGCGUUCUCCUGGCAUCUGCCAAACCCAGAUUUGUCCGUUGGACUGCCAGAUGUGCAUGGUAAUCUUUGUCAUGUGUGCAGCUGUUCGGCCAUGUAAACACAUUUCAUGAAGCUCCUGAUGAACAGGUAUUGUGCUGACGUUGCUUCCAGUGGCAGUUUGGAACUUGAGUGUUGAAACAGAGGACAGAAGAUUUUUACGCACUUACAAGCUUCAGCAAUCGGAUGUCCCGUUCUGUGAACUUGUGUGGCCUACCACUUCACGGCUUAGCCGUUGUUGCUCUUAGAAAUAUCCACUUCACAAUAACAGCACAUACUGUACAAUUGACCUGGGCAGCUCUAGGAGGGCAGAAAUUUGACAAACUGACUUGUUGGAAAGGUGGCAUCCUAUGAGGGUGCCACAUUGGUAGUAGAAUGGCCUCAGUGACUUUCAAUGUUAGUUUAUGGAGAUUGCAUGGCCGUGUGCUCGAUUUUAUACACCUGUCAGCAACGAGUGUGGCUGAAAUAGCCAAAUCAACUCAUUUGAAAGGGAGUCCACAAACUUUUGAUUAUAGUGUAGGUUCAUAACCAAUGUGCAUUUGUCAGAGCAUUGAGCAAAUUCAUUCUAGCCUAGAUUAUAUCAUUUACAACCUAUACAGUUCAUUCCAUAUUGUGCAUGUUCAUUCAGAUUUAGACAGCACAAACACCAUAGCAUAACAUUUGACACAACACUAUAUGCAAUUCAACAAGUAUGUUAAUAUACAUCCUAACCAGAUUAUGUUCUGUUUUCAAAAGGAUUGUGAGCAGAGUAUUAUUCAAUUGGCUCAUCCAGUCAAAAUCAGGAGCUCCAUCAUUUACUAAGGACCCUCCGAGUGUGAGAUCAGAGGCCCCAGUGAAAGCAAACUGUCUUCAAUGCUUUCAUCCAAGAGAGCCACAGCCAAGACUGAGGAAGAGGAAAGUAACACCCAUACACAACUUAGCCAAAUUGUCGGCACCAAGAUGAUAUGGGUGGCAGUUAUCGGAGACUGGUUCAACCUAAUUUUCAAAUGGAUUCUGUUUGGUCAACGGCCAUACUGGUGGGUGCAUGAAACUCUCUUUUACCAGAAUAAUUCACUCCCCCAGCUGGAGCAGUUCCACAUUACCUGUGAAACAGGACCAGGCAGUCCAUCCGGUCAUGCCAUGGGCUCUUCGUGUGUCUGGUAUGUAAUGAUCACAUCAGCACUCAACUUUACCAGACGCCUUUGUGACAGCCCAACUCAGGGUUGCCAGAGGUUUGGGCUUGUGUGGUCCUUUUUGUGGAUGGCAUUUUGGAUCAUUCAGAUUAGUGUUGGCAUCUCCAGGAUCUUCAUCGCCACACACUUCCCUCACCAGGUUAUCCUUGGUGUUCUAGCUGGUAUACUAGUGGCUGAAGCAUUUGAGCAUGUUCCCUCGAUCCACACAGCCAGUUUAAAAGUCUACCUUCACACUAGCUUAUUUCUGUUCUCCUUUGCCGUCAGCCUUUACUUGCUCCUUAAAAUGAUAGACAUUGACCUAUUGUGGUCGAUACCUAAAGCAAAGAAGUGGUGUGCCAAUCCAGACUGGAUCCACCUGGACACUACACCUUUUGCUGGUUUAGUGAGGAACCUGGGAGCAUUGUUUGGACUUGGCCUGGCCAUUAACUCUCAGAUGUUCAUCCAGAGCUGCAAGGUGAAGAACGGCUACAAGACUAGGUUUAAACUCAUGUGUGUAGCAGCCAAUCUGACCUCUCUGCAGCUGUACGAUUUCAUCAAAAUUCCCACUCACACAGAGAUCCUGUUCUACACACUCUCAUUCUGUAAGAGUGCUGCAGUCCCUCUUGGUGUGGUGGCACUCAUCCCCUACGGUGUUCACUUGUUGAUAGGAGACAAGGAGAGGAAAUUAGACUAAAUGUUUGUACAUCGUCACUUGACACAAUGACGAAUUGCAUUAUAAUGAACAUAGAUUGCCUGACUCCUAUGGCAAUUUGUUUAUGGUUGUAAUGUAGAUAUCUUUUGCUAAACUAUUUACCUUGAUGGAAAAUGUGGAUUAUAAUUUUUGCAAUGUUAAAUUGUAUGUUACAUGUACAGUGUGAAAUGAGUGAGCUGGUGUUUUUUUAAGACAAAAAAAAUAAAAGUAAAUUGUAA